AUGAAUGAUUAUAUGGAUGAAAAUAAUGAACCCUUUAAGAUAUAUGACAAGGAUUUCAAAUUGGGAUUACGUAAAAAAAAAUAUCAGUCCGUACCUAGCCGCCUGGCUUUGCCUCGAAUGUCACUGUUCCAAAAUAUAAACUACUCACGCGGCUCACAUCGGCGCGAUGCACGUUAUCGAAUCAUACAGGGACGUAUAUAUAAUUUUCUGGAGCGACCACGCGGUUUUCUAGCCAUCUUUUAUCAUAUAAUGGUUUUCUUUAUGAUCCUUGUCUGCUUAGCGUUAAGUAUUUUUACCACAAUCCCCUCGUAUGAGAAUGAGGCAUCAUUUUCGCUAUAUCGCAUGGAGGUGCUGGUGGUGUUGUGGUUAACGUUCGAGUUCGCAGUGCGUCUCUGGUCGGCUGGUGUGCGCUCACGUUAUCAGGGCCUUUUGGGGCGCCUUAAGUUUAUGACUGGCACAUUUUGUAUUAUAGAUCUCAUAACCAUUACCGCCUCUGUGAUUGCUUUAUGUCAGGGUGCGCCACGACGCGAAUUUGCCGUCAGCACACUGCGAGUGCUAAGAUUUUUUCAGAUCUUGCGCAUGUUGCGCAUGGAUCGACGCGGUGGUAGCUGGAAACUUUUGGGCAGUGUUGUCUAUGCGCAUCGACAGGAACUAAUCACUUCUGUUUACAUCGGUUUUCUCGGCCUAACAUUCUCUGCCUUUCUUGUCUACUUAGUCGAACGUGAUGUGAAUGAGCAGUUUAGCAAUUUUGCAAAAGCUUUAUGGUGGGGUGUGAUAACGAUGUGCACUAUCGGUUAUGGUGAUUCAGUGCCUAUCACUUGGGAGGGCAAAUUAAUCGGUUCUAUCGUAACACUGCUGAGUUAUUCUUUCUUUGCGCUACCUGCGGGCAUUUUGGGUAGCGGUUUUGCCUUGAAGGUCCAGCAACAACAACGUCAAAAACAUAUGAUCAGUCGCUUUCAGCCAGCUGCUUCAUUGAUACAGUCUGCUUGGCGUUACUAUGCGGCAGAUGAGAAUUCGACAGCGGUUGCCACUUGGAAGAUACACGAAAUACCGAUACAUUUGCCGAGUCCGACAAGCUCCUUCAAAGUCCAAAGCCCCCUCAGGCGUCUACCCAGUCGUCGUCGCCGUAGUCAAACUAUUCACUCUCCGGCCGAUAUUAUACAUAUUGAGUCUGCGAAGUCGGGACGUUAUCUUACAGUUUUCAACGAUAAAUCUGUUGAGAGCACAGAUGAAGACAGUACUCGUACACCAAAAUGCAAUACAUUGCUGAAGAAACAUAAAAUUGCUAUAAGAUUUAUAAGGAUGCUUAAAUUCAUGGUCGCCCGCCGCAAAUUCAAGGAGGCUCUGAAGCCCUACGAUGUGAAGGAUGUGCUGGAGCAGUAUGCUGCUGGUCAUGCGGAUCUUUUAAUGCGGGUGAAAAAUAUACAUGCGAGAUUGGAUCUUAUUUUGGGUGGUAAACGGGCGCCAAAAAUAAAGGACGCCGCCAAAAUUUGUUUAGCUUCCAGGGUGGUGAAGAUGGAAAGACAAGUCACCGGUAUUGAAGACAAAUUAGAUUUAUUGAUCAGACAAUAUAUGGAGGAUCGUAGAAGAAAAGAAAAUGAGAGAGAAGAUACGUCAGAAUUAACGCCAGUACUGGAAGCUGUCAAUGCUGAGUCAAUUAAUAAAAGGGAGAAAGAAAGUAUAUCUGCUGCCGUAAAGGAGGCUAAAAAAGCUAAUAGAACAAGCCUGCCCUCUAUUGUAUAUCAGCCCCAUCUGCCGGCUAAUAUCAAUUAUCCACCACAUAGGGAUCUAAAAUUACCGCCACCGCAACAACGACCGGAUAGUGCAAUAAUUUUUAUAGAUGAUUUGGGCAAAGUACAGGAGGAGGACAUUUUCGAUGAGGAAGAGGAGUUCAGCGAAGGUAUGUAUGCUUCGGUGGAAGAGUACUUGGGUUGGACGUGA